ACCCCGGAGCCCGCCUAUUAAAGAUCGAUUCCGUCUCUAAGAGGUAGCCACCUAUACAACUUCGUAUUCCGUAGUACUUAUUAGAAACCGUUAGUUACCUACUGGUGAACAGUGACGCCCGCAUUAUAGGCGAAAGCUAUCGUGACGCAGUCCCAGAACACGCCUCUACCUGCCUGUCCGCCUUCUCUUUUUCUUCUCCUCUUGGCGCAUUUUUUCCUUUCAACCGGCGUUUCCCUUCCCGUCUCGAUCUGUCCCCCCCCCCAGAAUACCAUCACCGCCAGACGCGAGGCCCGCAGCGCGCACCCUCCCCCUCGCGCCCAUGGCCACCACCCCGAACAUCACCGUCUCCUUCCUGCCGCCGACGCGCCUGGACGGGUACGACCGCACGCGGCCGUCCGUCGCGCAGCCGGCGGGCGCCGCGCCGCCGCCGCCGCCGCUCUUCGUCGACGCCAUGGCCGUGCGCGAGGCCGUCUUCGUGCGCGAGCAGGGCGUCCCGCUGGCGUGCGAGCACGACGGCGACGACGCGCGCUCCUGCCACUGGGUCGCGUACUCGGCCCCCCCCGCCGCGCCCGCCCCCGUCGGCACCCUGCGCGUCGUCCCCUUCCCGCACCCCCCGCACCCCGCCCCCGGCGCCCGCUACGUCGACAACGUGCUGCAGCCGCCGGCCGCCGACGCCGCCGCCGGGUGCCCCCCAUCCCCACCGUCCCCGUCCCCGGACGCCGCCGCGGCCGCUGCUGCUGACCGCCCCACCGCGUACCACGACGGCCGCGAGCCGUACGUCAAGCUCGGGCGCGUGGCCGUCGUCGCGUCGGCGCGCGGCCUCCACGUCGCGCGCCGCCUGUGGGACGCUGCCGCGCGCUGGCUGCUGGAGAACCCGGACUACUUCUCGGCGCCGCCCCGCGACGGCGAGAGCGGUGAGGGAGAGGGAGGGGGAGAGGGGCGCGACGUGAAUCGCGGGAGGUGGGACGGCUUGGUCUGCUGCCACGCCCAGGAGACGGUCGCGCCGGUGUACGAGCGCUUGGGCUUCGCCGUCGACGAGGGCAUGGGCCGCUGGUUCGAGGAGGGCAUCCCGCACGUCGGCAUGUUCCUGCGUCUGCCCGUCAAGCGGGAGGCGGCCAUUUGAGCCUGAUUAAGCGGGGAAACGUACGGCGUCAAGGUUACAGGAAAUGAGAGUUAGAAAAGUUAGAGAUCUAUACGCAUACUACUAUGUAGGGGCGGCGUGUGCAUUAUAAGGCGUUGGGUGCGAGAUGAAUGAUCAUAUGAUCAUACAAAACAGAGGACUGGGGUCUGGGAGUACGAAUGGCAUAUAAUACCUAUUACACUGGCUGGUUGCUUACAUCGAUCCUCCAAUCACACCUGGGCCGAGUGUAACCAU